AUGAACUCCCGGGAUCCGCCGCCUUCUUACCGGUCCACUUACAGUGUCUCUCACUCAGUCAGCGACCGAUCAUCCCUUCUGGGCAGCAAGUACAAUGGCGAAGAAUUUUCCACCGUUACUCUCUGGCGUUGGGCUCGCACCGCCGGCAUCGCCCUCCUCGUGUUCGCGGUGACCGCCUUCAUCCUCCAGAACGCCGGCUUCGUGUCCACCCUCGCUGACGACGUCCCCCUCUCCGAGAAGCUCGCUCUUCGCGCCGCCUGGCGCUCGGAGGAGGCCGCGCACGCCGCCGACCGCACCAAGUGGGCGAUCGAGCGCGCCCGGUGGGGCGACGAGCGCACCCGGUGGGACGCGGAGCGGCUCGAGUGGGCGCACGAGCAGGAGGGCAUCGCGCGCGAGCGCCAGGCGUGGGCGCAGGAGCAGGCGCGCUGGGCGCAGUGGCGGAAGGAGGUCGCCGCGCGUCGCGGCGGCGCGCACUUCACGCCGCCGUGGCACGCGGGCGGGGGGACGUGCGCGGCGUACGGGACGCGCGCGUACAGCGCGUACAUGCGAGACAUCCCGGCGGACGCGGACUGGUACGAGGUCUGCAUGAACACGGCGUACAACUUCCACGGGCGAUGGGUCGAGCCGGACCAGUGCGAGCGCGGGGGCCGAGGCGAGGUCUGGGCUACGUGGUUCAUCGGGUUUGGAGAGCCUGAGUGCGUUACCUAUUGGGGUGCGUUCAGGGAAGUGGCCUCAGCUCCCGGGAAGAAGCGUUACGAGGCCCGCCUCAUGAAUCUGCGCCACGGAGACACCUGGGACGACAUGUGUCGGACCAGCCCUGCAGAUUUCCGCGGUCGCCACUUCGAGCAUCCCACCGCCUGUGAGGACAGGGACGGCCGCACCGGUGUCUUUGAGUUCAAUGAGUAG